AGCCCAGAGCCCUAACCUUGCCCCUGCCCUCCCCCGUGGGGGCCAGGAUGCUGAAGAAGCAGACUGCAGGGAUUGUACUGUGGGGCGCUAUCCUCUUUGUGGCCUGGAAUGCCCUGCUUCUCCUCUUCUUCUGGACUCGCCCAGCACCUGGCCGACCACCUUCAGACAGUACUCUUGACGAUGACCCUGCCAGCCUCACCCGUGAGGUGAUCCGCCUGGCCCAUGAUGCUGAAGUGGAAUUGGAACGUCAGCAGGAACUGUUGCAGCAGAUCAGGUUGCACCAUGCUCAGUGGAGGCAGAGAUUGAGAGUGCCCACUGUGGCUCCUCCAGCACAGCAUGUACCUGUGACUCCACCGCCAGCAGUCAUCCCCAUCCUGGUCAUUGCCUGUGACCGAAGUACUGUCCGGCGCUGCUUAGACAAGCUGCUGCAUUACCGGCCCUCAGCUGAGCAUUUUCCCAUCAUAGUCAGUCAGGACUGUGGGCAUGAGGAGACAGCCCAGGUCAUUGCCUCCUACGGCAGCGCCGUCACACACAUCCGGCAACCUGACCUGAGCAACAUUGCUGUGCCACCUGAUCACCGUAAAUUCCAGGGCUAUUACAAGAUUGCGCGACAUUACCGAUGGGCGCUGGGCCAGAUCUUCCACAGGUUCAAGUUCACAGCAGCUGUGGUGGUCGAGGAUGACUUGGAGGUGGCCCCAGACUUCUUUGAGUACUUCCAGGCCACUUACCCGAUGCUGAGGGCUGACCCCUCACUCUGGUGUGUGUCUGCCUGGAAUGACAAUGGCAAGGAACAGAUGGUGGACUCCAGUAAGCCUGAGCUUCUCUACCGUACAGACUUUUUUCCUGGCCUGGGCUGGCUGCUGUUGGCCGAGCUCUGGGCUGAAUUGGAGCCCAAGUGGCCUAAGGCCUUCUGGGACGACUGGAUGCGCAGGCCUGAGCAACGACAGGGGCGAGCCUGUAUACGGCCUGAAAUUUCAAGAACGAUGACCUUUGGCCGCAAGGGUGUAAGCCAUGGGCAGUUUUUUGACCAGCACCUCAAGUUCAUCAAGUUGAACCAGCACUUUGUGCACUUCACCCAGCUGGACCUGUCUUAUCUGCAGCAGGAGACCUAUGAUCGGGACUUUCUUGCACGUGUCUAUGGUGCUCCCCAGCUACAGGUGGAGAACGUGAGGACCAAUGAAAGAAAGGAGCUGGGGGAGGUGCGGGUGCAGUAUACAAGCAGGGAUAGCUUCAAGGCCUUCGCCAAGGCCCUGGGUGUCAUGGAUGACCUCAAGUCAGGUGUCCCCAGGGCCGGCUACCGAGGCAUUGUCAGCUUCCUAUUCCGGGGUCGCCGUGUCCACCUGGCACCCCCACAGACCUGGGGUGGCUAUGACCCUAGCUGGAAUUAG